AUGUAUCAGGGAGGGUACGUGCUGGAGCUGCUGGGGGUGUUCCUGUACGCCACGGCCUGGCUCUGCACGCUCUCCGCCAUCAUCAUGUCGCAGUGGCUGACGCUGUCCACCGCCCUGCUGCCCACGGAGAGCUACGAGCUGGGCCUGUGGGAGACCUGCGUGGUGCAGGAGCUGGGCGGGGGCACGCAGUGCAGGCCGUACACCAGCCUGCUGGGCCUCCCGCCGGACAUCCGGCUGGCGCGGACCCUCAUGUGCUCCGCGGCGGCGUGCGGGCUCCUGGGCCUGCUGCUGGCGGUGCCGGGGCUGCACGUGGUCAACAGCUGCCGGGGAGCCGGGGCACUCCGGGCCAAGAGGGCGGCCAAGCUGCUGGGCGGGGCGCUCUGCCUGGCGGCGGGGGCGCUGGCUCUAGCGCCAGUGUCCUACAUGGCCCACCUGACUGUGCUGCGCUUCUUCGACGAGUCGGUGCCGGACGUGGUCCCGCGCUGGGAGUUUGGCCACGCCCUGUUCUGCGGCUGGACGGCGGGGUUUCUCCACCUCGCGGGCGGGACUCUGCUGCUCAGUUCCUGCUUCUGCUGGCAGGGACACGCCCAUCCACCACGCCCAUCCACACACGAGGGCGAGGCUGCGGGCCCCAAUGCGGUCAAAUCUGAGUACGUGUGA